AAUGAAUACAGUUUGUCAACAGAAGACUGCCACUCCAUGUAGAUUUGAAACAACACAAUCAUAUCUGCUUGAUUAAUCACCUAAAAUAUAAUAUAGGAGAGUAAAUUCUCCAGGGUUACCUGAUUGCUCUUUUAGAAAGAGUCAUAAAUCAUCAGUUGAUAAAAGGAAUUACAUGACUUUAGGAUAGAUGGAUAUUUAAUAAUUAUUAAAACCUACAAGAUCAUUAGAAGAAAGUCCAGAGCAAAAGUUAAAACCUUAUUAUGUAAAAGGAGAGGAGAUGAUAGAUCAUCAUUAGCAUUCAUUCAAUCCUUAAUAAUAUAUGAGUUUGAAAGAGGAUAAGGAAAUAUAAGUAGAAGAGAAACCAUAUGGAUCUCCACCAAAAAUGGAAGUAUUUUAAAAACCUCAAUAAAGAAAAUAAAUGAAAAUGGUUGAUAAAAUUGAGAGUGACAAAGUGAGUGUUGAGAUAUUUAUGUCUGAAUAAGAUGAAAACUCUCUUAUUUUUACUGGUAUAACAAAAAGAAUAGUACCAAGUCCUGAAGAAAAUAAAUAAAUUUUAAUGUAGAAUUUGUAAUAAUUAUUUACAUCAAUAGACAAGAGUACAAAUUCAAACAAAUUCUAAAAUUAUAUAAAAAUGGAAUCAUUAGAAUAAUCAGUAUUUCAUUAACAUAUGAAUAAGUCAACUUAAUAAGAUUUUCUAUCUAUUUCUUCUGCAUAAUCUAUAAAAUAAUAAAAAUGUUCUUCUUAAACUAAUUUCAGAAGAAAUUCAGCUAUAAUUCCAAAAUAAUAAUCAAAAUGGAAUAAUUCAACAAAAGCAAAUAAAUAAAAAAAUGUUUGUUCUUCAAAUAAAUAAUCAAAGAGUCCCUUUUUAAAAGCUUAGAAUUAAAAGGUUUCUAUAAGUAAACCAAAAUUAUAGUAAAUAAAUUUAAAUAUUCAAUCUCCUCAAAAAAUACCAACUCAGAAAAAACAACCAUAGACUUAAUAGAAUAGAUCAACAGUAUAAAAAGUAAGAUCCUUUCAUAUAACUCCUGAAAAAAUAGAUGAUUGCAUAUAUGACGAAAGAUUUUAUAAAUGA